AUGUGGGUCUUCUACCUGAUAUCGCUGCCCCUGACGCUGGGCAUGGUCAUCGUCACGCUGCGCUACUUCGCCGGCCCGGGCGUGCCGCGCUACGUCGUCGCCACCGUCGGCUACGCCUGGUUCUGCUCCCUCUCCUUCAUCAUCCUCGUGCCCGCCGACAUCUGGACGACAUUAAUUGGCUUUGAUAAAGGUGGAAUCGGCUUCUUCUGGAGCUGGUCGUAUUGGAGCACAUUUAUCUUAACAUGGGCUGUCGUUCCUACUAUUCAAGGCUAUGAAGAUGCUGGGGAUUUCACUGUUAAAGAAAGGCUAAAAACUAGUAUUCACAUGAACUUGCUCUUCUAUUCAAUUGUCGGAGCUAUUGGCCUCUUUGGACUCAUACUUCUUUUAGUCAUGCAUAGAGCUUGGGAUGGAGGUAUUGUGGGCUUUGCAAUGGCAUGCUCAAAUACCUUUGGACUGGUGACUGGUGCUUUUCUUCUUGGUUUUGGGUUGAGUGAAAUUCCAAAAAACAUUUGGAAAAAUGCAGACUGGACUCACCGCCAAAAAGUACUUUCUCAUAGAGUUGCCAAGAUGGCUGUAAAGCUUGAUAAUGCCCAUCAAGAAUAUUCAAAUACAAUUGUUGUUGCUCAAGCCACUUCGAACCAAAUGUCAAAGCGUGAUCUCUUAAGACCUUAUAUGGAUAUUAUUGACCAAAUGGUUGCUCAAAUGCUGCGGGAUGAUCCGUCUUUCAAGCCUUCUGGUGGCAGAUUAGGUGAAGAUGAUAUGGACUAUGACACAGAUGAUAAGACAAUGGCCACUCUCCGACGUCAACUUAGGAGGGCCCAUGAGGAGUACUAUCGGUGUAAAAGUGAAUACAUGACUUAUGUCAUGGAAGCUCUCAAUCUAGAGGACGACAUUAAAAAUUAUGAACGCCGUGAUGCAACUGGAUGGAAAUAUGUAUCAAGUUUUAGGGAGAGCCGGUCAGGCACACUCGGAUCCCUGUUAGACACUAUGGAGUUCAUUUGGCGCUGUAUAUUGAGAAAGCAGCUUCAGAAAGCACUUGCUGUUACUCUUGGAUGCAUGUCAGCUGCUAUACUGUUGGCUGAAGCUACUUUGCUGCCCAGUGGUGUUGAUUUAUCACUUUUUUCCAUUCUUGUAAAAUCGGUCGGAAAGAGAGAGGUUCUGGUCCAGGUUGCUGCAUUCGUCCCUUUGAUGUAUAUGUGUAUAUGCACGUACUAUUCACUAUUUCAGAUUGGGAUGUUAAUGUUUUAUUCUCUUACUCCACGACAAACAAGUUCUGUCAGCUUGCUUAUGAUUUGUUCGAUGGUUGCAAGAUAUGCACCUCCCAUUUCUUAUAACUUCCUCAAUCUCAUUCGCCUUGGUGGCAAUGUUAAAACUACUUUUGAGAAGAGAAUGGGGAACAUUGAUGAUGCAGUUCCUUUCUUUGGAAGAGGCUUCAACAGGAUCUAUCCACUAAUUAUGGUUGUUUAUACGCUACUUGUUGCUAGUAACUUCUUUGGACGUGUGAUUGACUAUUUCGGAAGCUGGAAAGUGUUCAAGUUCCAGCGAGAAGAAGAAAAUCUGGAUGGCUUUGAUCCGUCUGGAAUGAUCAUACUGCAAAAAGAGAGAUCUUGGAUUGAACAAGGAUAUAAAGUUGGCGAGCAGGUUAUUCCAUUGGCAAGAUUCAAACACACAGACGUUGAAUCUGGAAAGGUUGAAAAUACAGUGGAGAUGAAUGAGGGAACAACUUCUGCAAGAGUUGAUGGAAGAGCUGGUCAAUCGAAAUAUGCUCAGAACAGGGAAAUUAUUUCCAGCAAGUAUUCAUCUGUUAGAGAUCAGAGUCGGCAGUCAACGAAGCCUGUCAAAAAGGAAACUGUAUCAACAUCUGUAUCUCUGCUUGAAGAAGGGAAUUCUGAACAGCGCUUGCCUCCUGCAAUUUCCCAAACAUGGGCUUCAAUGAAGAACGGUUUUCAGAACUUCAAAGCGAAUAUGGGUGCCAAGAAGUUUACUCCUCUGCGCCAAGAUCCAGGAUAUACUCCCCAUUCAAACAUCUCUUCCCCUGAAUCUCUUGAUGACAUCUUCCAGAGGAUAAAACGGCGUCCUGCAGAUCUACCAGUAGACUACCUUGACGAAGACGACGAUGAUGAUACUGGAGGCAUCGAUCCUACAUUUCCAGGAUCAAGAAGAUAGGCCGUGGUUUUCUCUUAGAAGUUAGAAUAUUGAAACUCAGGAAUUAAUGGAUUUGGUAACAUUAGAUGCAGAAUAGUAGAAAAAAAUACAGGAUGUAUAGAUCAGAUGAUGGUUUUGGCGUGUGCUUUCUGGAAGCUCAAGACCCCUGCCCAUCUGUAAAGCUGCGAACAUGAAAGCAUGACAUGAUGACAGACCCAGCAGAAAGUGCAGCGGAUUCUCCCAUCAAGAGAUCAUGGGAGCGUGGCUGUAUGACAACCUUUCUGCUUCACUACACAUACUAUGCAGGAGUAGGCAUUACUGACAUGUUUUUCCCCUGCUAAAUGUUGAAUCUGUAUUGGAGAUAACCGAUUCGUACUUGAAGCUGACGAGUUUAAGCUGUAAAGGUAUGCAUACGAUGUAUGAUGUGUGUUGAAACAAGUGACUGAUCUAAUGCAUUUAUUAAUGGAAAAGGAAGUGCACAAGUGUUUUUGCGGAA